AUGUACAACUCCGGGAGGUUCUUGUUUCAGUUGUGUUUGAGUCUGGUGCUUUCCACGGGUUCCUACACCUGCAAGCCGCUGGGCAAUGACAUCCAUGCCGACGAUGACCUCCAGGGCUUUUACUCCCAGCGCUCCACAGAGGAGGAUCUUCUGGAAGAGGAAGACAUGGACUCCAGGAUGGCCGAUCUCCUCGGAACCAUGAAAGAAGACUUCUUGAGGAAACUCAACCUCUCUGAUGUACCUCAGGAGCAUGGGAAAAUUUGCCCUCCUCAGUUCAUGAUGGAGCUGUACAACAAGUACGCCUUGGAUCGCAUGGCCAUCCCUCAGUCUGAUGUCAUACGCAGCUUCGGUGUCCAAGAUAUCACACAUUCUGUGAAAAACGGCCCCAAGGCGAGACACAGGCUGCUGUUCAACAUCAGCAUACCCAGUCAUGAAAAGGUCAUCACAGCUGAAUUACACCUCUUCUUCCUCGCGGAUGGGAGGUCAAAGGUGCCCUUGCACACUUCCACGACCUCUGUGAACGUCUACGAAGCAGAUUACAACGGUUUGAAAUCCACGCCGCAACUUGUAGCUUGCAAACAGUUGAGUGGUUCUCAGAGCAUGUGGGCGACGUUGGAUGUCACCGCAUCUGUGCAGAGCCGAGUUGGGUCAGGUCACGGAAUAACUGGAUUUGAUGUUGCGGUGGCCGCGGACGACUGCGGCAAUGAAGGCGGCAGUUUGAGCUUGAGCCGUUCCGUGGGAGAUAACGCCUCGGCGGCUUUGAUCGUCUUCUCGGAUGACCUAGGCAGCAGGAGGCAGGAGGCCAGGAAAGAACUCAAAGAGAUGAUACUCCAUGAAAAAGAAACGGGCUUCACCUCGGAGGCCGACUGGAACACCGAGGAUCAGCUGACCAACCAGAUCCCCGGCGCUCACUAUCGUCGGAAGAGGAGAAAAGCCGAGCGGGAAUACUGCAGGCGGACGUCUCUGAAGGUCAACUUCAGGGACAUUGGCUGGGACAGCUGGAUUGUGGCACCUCCGGAAUACGACGCCUUCGAAUGUCGCGGCUUGUGUUACCACCCGCUGACGGACGAAUCCACCCCGUCCAAGCACGCCCUCAUCCAGACGCUGAUGAACAUCCGGAACCCCAAGAAGGCCAACAUGGCGUGCUGCGUCCCCAUCAAACUGGACCCCAUCACCGUCAUGUAUCAGGAGAACGGACUUCUCACAAUUAGAUACUUGUAUGAGGAGAUGAAGGUGGCGGAAUGUGGAUGCAGGUAG